CGGACCAACCACACCUCUCUACUCUGUACUCUAUAACUUAAUAAAUCUAGUACUUGUCCCUCUUCACAGAUUUACUCUUUGACGUCCUUCUACACUCCCUGCCUUGCCUUUUUCUGGCUCCCUCCUCUGCCAAAACUAAGGAAAAGAAAACCAGCUAGCUGCAUCAUUAAUUCCCACCCUCUUCACCCUCUCUUGUGCUGCUGCUGCUGCUGCUGCUUCUUCUUCUUCUUCUUUGUUUUGUAUGUGAAAUAUUACAAGGCCAAUGGGUUGCUUUUAUUCUCGAACCAUCCACCUUCCCUCCCCCGACGACCUCUCUAAGCUUCACUCAGAAAAUGGGGAUGAGGGUGGUCAAGUCCAACAAGUGCCAGCAUUCAAAGAAUAUAGUUUGAGCGAGCUAAGAAAGGCCACAAAUGGGUUUUGCACAGAUUUUAUCGUCUCUGAGAGUGGUGAGAAAGCGCCUAAUGUUGUUUAUAGGGGUAUUCUUGACAACAAUCAUUUGGUGGCUGUUAAAAGGUUCUCUAAACUGGCAUGGCCUGAUGCUCAACAGUUUGUGGUGGAAGCGGCAGGGGUGGGGAAGUUGAGGCACAGGAGACUGGUAAAUCUGAUUGGUUGCUGUAAUGAAGGUGAUGAAAGAUUGUUGGUAGCGGAGUACAUGCCCAAUGAUACCCUUUCCAAGCACCUCUUCCACUGGGACAAGCAGCCACUGGCAUGGGAAAUGCGCGUUAGAGUUGCCCAUUACAUUGCACAAGCACUUGAUUAUUGUAAUACAGAGAACCGGAAGAUCUAUCAUGAUUUGAAUGCAUACAGAAUUCUUUUUGAUGAGGAUGGUGACCCAUGUUUGUCGAGUUUUGGCCUUAUGAAAAAUAGUAGAGAUGGAAAAAGCUACAGUACAAAUUUGGCUUACACUCCACCUGAGUUCUUGCGGACAGGCAGAGUCAUUCCAGAGAGCGUGAUCUACAGUUAUGGAACUGUUCUAUUGGAUCUUUUGAGUGGAAAGCACAUUCCUCCUAGCCGUGCCCUAGACAUAAUAAGGGGAAAAAAUGUGCUGAUGUUGAUGGAUUCAUCGUUGGAGGGGCAGUAUGCCAGCGAUGAUGCUACUAAUUUGGUGGAACUUGCUUCAAAAUGUCUUCAAUCUGAGGCUAGGGAUCGGCCUGAUCCCAAGUUUCUCCUUGCAGCAGUUGCACCACUUCAAAAACAGAAAGAGGUUGCAUCUUACAUUCUCAUGGGCUUGUCUAAAGAUACAGUUACUCUGCCAGCCAUUCUUUCUCCGAUUGGGAAGGCUUGUGCCAGGAUGGAUCUUACUGCUGUACAUGAUAUUUUGCUUAAAACUGGUUACAAAGAUGAAGAGGGCGCAGAAAAUGAGCUUUCAUUUCAAGAAUGGACACAGCAAGUGCAAGAUAUAUUGAACACCAAGAAGUUCGGGGAUAUUGCAUUCAGGGACAGUGAUUUCAAGAAUGCAAUUGAAUAUUAUUCAAAGUUGGUAAAUCUGAUGUCAAUUCCUUCUGCAACUGUCUUUGCAAGGAGAGCCUUCUCCUGCUUGAUGAAUGGCCAAGCAGAACUCGCACUGAGGGAUGCCAUGCAGGCUCAAGUGUGCAUACCAGAGUGGCCAACUGCAUUCUACUUGCAGGCUCUUGCACUCUCAAAGCUUGGAAUGGAAACUGAUGCUAAAGACAUGCUUAAUGAUGGGGCAGUCCUCGAAGUGAAGUGGCAGAGUAGAUACAAAUUUUAGACCUCAUGGUUAAAGGUCCCAAGUCUCUGUGAUAUCUGGUCUAUGCUACUGCUAUGUAAACAAUAACUAGAAUAGACAACGAGUAACACUUAGGAGAAAUGUACUGUGGUAUUUGUGUUCGUGAAUUCUAUCGAAUACUGUGCAGUUACUGGUUUCGCACAACACAAUCCCAUAACAUAAUGCUUAAACUGUACUGAGUUGAUUUAUAAAGCAUGGUACAAUCCCAUAACAUAAUGCUUAAACUGUACUGAGUUGAUUUAUAAAGCAUGGUAAGUUGUCAAUGGA